UUGGUAAGCGCUGACGUAACGCUGUUGAACUCCCAUUUGUUGUGAUCCCCGAGGUUGACAACAGAGAACCGUAUCGUCGAGUUACGGAAUCGCACAAGUAGUAGUUCGAAUCGAUUUGGCAAAGAUCUAAGGGCUUUGUCAACAUGUACGGUAAAUUGACGUGCCUUGUGGCACUGGCUGGCUUUUGGCUGGCACAUUCAGUGGACUAUGCUCCACCGAAGAUGGAAACGGUCAAGCAGUGGAGCUUCCUGUCGUACAAUUUUCCAUGGGACUAUCCGGCCAACAAUAAGGAUUUUUACAACGCAGAAAACAUAGUCGCCACCGGUAUCGAAGUAGGCUACGAUCGGAUCUUCAUUGCAACGCCGCGGUUAUUUAAUGGCGUGUCGGCAACGCUGUCUUCGAUCCCACGUGGUACGCAAGGUGAUUCACCUGUGCUGCAAGCCUACCCGGAUUGGAAUCAUCACACCGCCGGUACCAGACAGUACAACUGUUCCGACAUUGGUCUGGUUUCGGUUUACCGAAUCCGAAUCGACUCUUGCAACCGACUGUGGGCUCUCGAUGCUGGCGUUUCUCGAUCUCUGGAAGAUUUUGAAGUGACCUGCCCACCGAAGAUCCUGGUCUAUGAUUUGCACACCGAUCAAGUUGUACGGAGAAUCGAUUUUCCUCCGGAGGUCGUCCGACGAGAAUCGUUGUACACCAACAUCAUCGUGGAUGAGACCACGUCCAGACCGGAGAAUAACUGCGACGAUGUAUUUGUCUACAUAACUGAUACUGUGGCGCCAGGAAUUGUCGUCUACGACAGCGAAAAGGACCUUACAUGGCGCGUUAGCCACCCGGCUAUGUACCCUGAUCCAGACUUUGCCGAAUCAACCAUCUUGGAGCAUCGGUUCACCCUCAUGGAUGGCGUCGUCGGCAUUGCUUUCGAUCAGGAAGCAGGAAUCGUGUAUUUCCAACCUUUGGCUACCGACAGAUUGUUUUCCGUUGAAACAUCGGCUCUUCGCUCCGGCCCACUACCGUUCGGAAAGGAACUCCCGGUAAAAUUGGUCGGCCGCAAAUCCUCCCAGGGAAUUGGCCUAGCUGUAUCGCCCCGAGGAGGUACCAUAUUCUACGCACCUUUCACGGAAACUGCCGUCGCCUUGUGGAAUCCUCGUACCAACGAUCACCAGAUUGUCGCCCAGGAUCAGGAACGUCUGCAGUUCGCAGCCGAUCUUCGAACGCCCGCUCGGGAUGGUAACGCCCUCUACAUCCUGUCCUCCAAAUUCCAUCGAUUCUUCCUGAAGAACGUAGAUGCCAACGAGUUCAACACCCGUAUUAUGCGAAUCGACGGAGUUGUCACUCCAACCCUCCCCACCGUAACGCCAACUUCUGGCUUUGGACCUUCCGUCGAAAGCAACUCCGCCUACUACAGUCUUCCGGCAGUGACCCCAUCUGCGCCUAAUUCCUUCAAACCACUCCCACCAACUGUCCCGUUCACCAAAUAUGCCGCGCAAAAUCCAGCCAACCCGAAGACCUAUUCAUUCAUCCAAAACUACUACGUCAACAACAGACAACCGUAUGCCUACGAACCGGUCCCCAUCAUCGACAAAACCAAAACCAACCCCUUCUUUGCCCUGAACAGUGGCGAAAAGCCCUUCCCCGCUACCCAGCAACGACCCCAAUACGGUUUGAACGGAGAGAUUUUCUUUCCCAAAAUUAACCACCACUUCAACGACUUCAAUGGACUUCGGUUCGCGAAAAGCUUACGAGCCAACCUUACGGUGACACCGUAAUGGCCUUUCCUCGCGACACUCAUUUGGUAUCUCUUCCGGUCUGUGCGAGAAGAGAUGAUCCCAAAAUGUCUCCUCCGCUAUAUAGAUACAAAUCUGUUAAAAGUAAUGCACCAUUUUUUCUAGCUAGCGAUUAGUGCAAGUGUAAAUAGUAUCACAAAGCUCAUUCGACCUUAACAUUUGAC